AUGACGCCACAUCGCCCGGAGCUCCAAGGACGGCGCUUCUGGUCAGGGCUUUCCAUCCUGUCCAAGCGAUCCUACGCGACCUCGUCCUUCGAGGCCGACGACGAGCACUCCUCCGGCGACGACGAGAUGAGCCUGCGCGACAGCUUCGACAGCGACGUGCGGCCGGGCGUGCCGGCGUACGCGGGCCACGAUGCCCGACCGACCAGCAAGAAGGAGAUCUGGGGGUGGUACAGUUACGGCUUCGCGGCCGAGACGUAUGUCAUUUGCGGCAUUGCCUCCUUCAUCCCAAUCCUCCUAGAGACACUUGCUCGGGAGAAUGGCGUUCUCCUGUCCGACCCGGACAAGCCGUGCGGCUCCAGCGACAGCAAAUCUGAGGAUGACGGCCAGUGUGUCGUCUAUGUAUUGGGCAUCCAGAUCAACACGGCGAGCUUUGCCAUGUAUACCUUUUCCGCCAGCGUCUUGCUGCAGGCACUGUUGGUCGUCAGCAUCAGCUGCGCUGCCGACCAUGGCAAUUAUCGAAAGCGGCUGCUUCUCGGCUUUGCCUGGCUGGGUGGCAUCUCCGUCAUGGCCUUCAUCUUCAUCAGCAAGGCCACGUAUCUGCUCGGCGCCGUGUUGACAAUCAUCUCCAAUACGUCCUUUGGCGCAUCGUUUGUCCUGCUCAACUCCUUUCUCCCGCUUCUGGUUCGAAACCAUCCGAACGUGAUGGAAGCAUACGUAUCGGAAGGGCCUGACUCGGCGGAUGGGCCCUUUGAUUCCCGAUAUAUAGAUUCAACUGAUGACCUGGAAGAGGCCAUGGUCAAUUCCACUUCGGGCCUGCUGCCUCCUGACGAUCGGCAUCAAAGGUAUGGGCUGAAGCGAGUCGCAACCCAUGAGGAGAUUACUUCCAAGGAGCUUCAGCUCUCCACCCAUAUAUCCUCUUUGGGCAUCGGUAUCGGCUACAGUGCUGCCUUGUUUGUGCAGUGCGCCUCCAUCGCUAUCCUUAUUGCCAUGAAGAACACGACCUGGUCCCAGAGGGUUGUGCUGUUCAUUAUCGGAGCCUGGUGGUCUGUAUUCACCAUCCCCGCUGCGCUGUGGCUGAGGCCAAGGCCGGGGCCUGCUCUGGUGAUUAACGGGCGAAAAGACGGCGCUUCUUGGUGGGUAUACCUGAAGUAUGCAUGGAAGUCUCUGUUUCGCACGAUCCAGCUGGCAAGGCGUCUGUUGGACAUUACCCUCUUUCUCGGUGGCUGGUUCCUCCUUUCGGAUGCUAUUGCCACAACGUCUUCUACUGCCGUCCUGUUCGCCAAGACCUCGCUCCACAUGAAGCCAUGGGCCUUGGGCAUGAUCAAUGUCAUCGCUACCAUGGCUGGAAUCUUUGGUGCCUUUGGCUGGGCCUGGAUAUCUCGGGCAUUCAACCUGAAACCUCAUCAGACAAUCCUCGUCUGCAUUGGGCUGUUUGAGCUCAUCCCUAUUUACGGCCUCCUGGGUUACCUGCCGUUUAUCAAGCGAUGGGGUGUUGUCGGACUGCAGCAGCCUUGGGAGAUGUAUCCCUUGGCCGCCGUGUAUGGCCUCGUCAUGGGCGGUCUGAGCAGCUACUGCCGCUCGCUUUUUGGCGAACUGAUCCCGCCGGGAUCUGAAGCCGCCUUUUACGCUCUGUAUGCCAUUACCGACAAAGGAUCCAGCGUCUUCGGCCCUGCGAUAGUGGGAGCCAUCAUCGAUAAGACUGGAAGUAUCAGACCUGCGUUUUGGUUCCUCGGCGCACUCGUUGGCCUCCCCGCUCCUCUCAUCUACUUCAUCAACGUUGAGCGUGGCAAGAGAGAGGGUGAGAAGCUCGCUGAAACCAUUGAGGGAUUCGACCCCGAGGAUCAUGCGGAGGAUGAGCAAGUCGACGCAGAAGCGACUCGCGGGAUACUAGCAGACUAUGAGGCCACGGAGGGCAACGGCGACGCCUCCCAUCGGCGGUGA